UGCUAUAUAUAUAUAUAUAUAUAUAUAUAUAUAUAUAUACACACACACACACACAUAUAAGUACCUGUUGCCUGUGUGCGCUGAUCGACGGAAUAACCACUUGAUACUUUCUGAGCCUGCCGAGAUUGCCACUUAUUGUUCGGCCUCCAUAAUGCGAGAACCGAAAGGAUGUUAUCAAAAGAGGCUGGACAAGAAGAAAAAGAAUGACGUCGUAGGACGAAGAACAAGGAGGAGAAAAGCAAGACGUCCCGCGCCGUAGAUUGAUCGAGUGAAAAAUAAGGCUUCGGAGCGCCGUAACGAUAUACCCAGUUUCUUUGCUUUGUCAAUAAAUAUCGAAGUAAGGUAUAUAGGGCGGACAGAAAGCGAUGGUUCGGAGGCACUAUACCAAGGCUUGGCUUCCAUAGGGCGAUAAGACACCUUGGCUUGACGAUACGCUGAGUUACGUUAUAUAUAGAUGGCCCGGGACGUGCGCUAAUUCGCCGGGCGCCGAUGGUACACGCGUAGCGCAGCGGCGCGAGACGCGUGCGUUCAAGAUGAACGAGGCCGCUCUGCAGCUGGGCCAGCAUCAGCAGCCCUUGGCGCACCAGCUGUCGAACUACACGGAGCUGCUGCGCCGACUGAACAUCACCGAGGAGGACCUCGACUACGUGAACAACUUCGGCUCGAGCGCCGGCAUCGGCGGCACCGGCGGCACCGGCGGCACCGGCGGCGGCUGCUCCUGCGGGCCCUGCCACUGCGGCAGCCUCGUGCGCCGCUUCGCCGCCUCGUACCGCGCCUACCACGGCUACGUGGCGCUCCUCGUCUGCGGCUUCGGCACCCUGGCCAACCUGCUGAACGUCGCGGUGCUGACGCGCAAGGAGCUGCGCCGCGCCCCCAUCAACCGGAUCCUCACGGGCCUCGCCGCCGCCGACGUCCUGGUCAUGCUCGAGUACGUGCCCUUCGCCAUCUACGAGUACAUCGUCCUGCCCGAGCGCAGGCACUUUCCCUACGGCUGGGCCGUCUUCGUCCUCUUCCACAUGCACUUCAGCCAGCUGCUGCACACCAUCAGCAUCGCCCUCACCCUCAGCCUCGCCGUCUGGCGAUACAUCGCCGUCAGGUUCCCCCAGUGCAGCCGCAGCUGGUGCACGCCCGCGAGGUGCAGGCUCGCGCUGCUCUGCAGCCUGCUGGCAGCCGGACUCGCCUGCGCGCCCAGCUACUUCGUUUUCGGGAUACGGGAACAGAAGCUGAUGGAAGAAAACGGCCCUGUGGUGCUGUAUCACGUUGACGCAAGUAGAGGCCCGUCGAGCGAUGACGAUCGGGGCCUUCUAUACAGGCUAAACUUUUGGUUGUUGGGUGUACUCGUCAAACUGUUGCCCUGCUUUGUUCUUACGGUCAUCAGCUGUCGUCUCAUACAGGCCCUGUACAAUAGAGCCAAGACCCGGAGGCGACUUUUGCGGCCGUUGGACGGUCAGCUAACGGACACGCCGGCGACGGGCGGCAGAUCGGAGCGUCGGGCCGACCGCACCACGCGGAUGCUCGUCGCGGUGCUGCUGCUCUUCCUCAUAACCGAGAUCCCCCAGGGCGUCCUGGGCCUCCUCUCGGCGCUGCUCGGCGACUGCUUCUUCCGCAGCUGCUACCACAGCCUCGGCGAGAUCAUGGACAUCCUCGCGCUCUUCAACGGCGCCGUCAACUUCAUCCUCUACUGCUCGAUGUCGCGGCAGUUCCGCACGACCUUCGGUCGGCUCUUCAAGCCCAGCAUCGUCGUCGGCAAGUGGCAGCCGGCCUGCACCCAUCAGACCGACAUCCAGAGCACCUACGUCUGACCACGAUUCUCCCCGAUGAUUGUCGCGCGAAUCUGCGGAUGGGCUGCGGUAUACCCUUUUUCUCAUCCUCCACCAUAGCGGCCCGAUGAGAAGCAGAAUGUACAGAGACGCCGUCUCGGAUACGAUUAUUUCACCCGCGUAGCGCAGGUGUUUGAGGCCGAGAAACAAUUUUCUCCCUCUGCCCCCACCCCCACUAACACACGGGCUGGCGCGCGCUCACACACACACCGCAAUGGCGUCGUCGACUACUCUUUGUCGUUUGGUCUGGCUGCGAAAAUUCCUCCGAGAUUAAAGUUCUCGCCAACGUCGAUAUCGACAAUCCUCCCUACCUCCCUCUCCUGGACAUUCGUCCCGUGUAUAGUAUAUCCCUCGUCCCUGCAGCAGGCAAGCUAGACAGACAAGCGACUGCAGCUCUGUAUACCUAUCCGUAUGUACGGCAGUUCCUGGCAAAAGUAUAUAGGAUGAGCAUAUUUGGACUGCACUCGUGGAUCUCGGGAGCCACUUGUUCCACUGCGUACAAGGACUUUUCCUCGCUCGAUGUCCCUCCACAAGAUUUCCAUUUACUCUCAUGUGCGUGGAAGGUCGCGCGCUUCGUUACACCUAUAACGGCUCUCGUGCGCACAGUGUCAAAUCGGCGCGUAUAAAUAUUAUAAUAUACGAAGCCGAGACAUUUUUCGCGAUCCUUACAGAAAAUGCGUAGAGCUCGUGCAUUACUGCAGUGCAACGUGAUCUAGCGACGGAAUCACGGAAAAGGCAUAGCGCGGAGCUUGUUUUUCACAAUUAUUCUUAUCUGCUUAUCGCGAUUCUCGUGUUUCCGAAACGUUCCUGAAGCUUUUGUGAUACACAGAACCCGAGGAGAGAGAUCUCUUUCUCUGUACAAAGAUUUAUUACGUGGGAGGACAACUGAAUCCCGCGACUAUAGAUUGAUCGAGUUCUUCGUUUGUUUGUUUAUUAGUUUUUCACUCUGUAAAUAAAGCUUUUUAAUUAGAAGUCGUCGGGGAACGUUGCGUAACGAUAGUGAUUACAUAAAAGUUUUUAAUUUCACUCAAAACCAGACGUAAGAUCAUCCGAGUAUCGACAACGAAAGAUAGCAUCCUUGUCGUGUUGUAUGUUAGUUUAAUGUUCGAUAAUGAUCGUUACACAAUGAUUGAUUUGUAAAAAAAUUCGAGCAUCGCGACAGAGCACCCUCGUGUAUCGUCGGUACGUAGAUAAACGGAAACGUAUAUAAAGGUUGAGAAAAGAAAAAUGUUACCUCCAUUAACUUUCAGGAGAUUUGCAGCCUCUGAGCCCGGCUUAUUGUCUCCGAAUAUCUGAAUGUCUCAACCAGCUUACACAAUAACUAUGUAAAUCUCAAAAUAUUGUUGUAAAAUAAAGGCGAACAUUGCUUUAUGCCCACACA